AUGUUUCUUCCUAUGAAGGGCCUCGUGUGGAAGCUGGACCCCGAGGAGGAGAAAGGAAAGAUGCGCGAGGAUGUGAUUUCCUCCAUACGGAACUUCCUCAUCUAUGUGGCCCUGCUGCGAGUCACUCCUUUUAUCUUAAAGAAAUUGGACAGCAUAUAAAGAUUGGACAUCACAUGUGAAUGCAUGA